CGCUAUUAAUACGCGUGUUACGGUUUGACAUACAGCUAGCAGUGGCCAAGUUUCACCGCAAUUUAUUGAAUCCUGGAAUUGUGACAGUUGCAAGGCGGCGAAGGCUUGACAUGUGUGCCGUUUCUUCCUGAUUCAUUGCUAGCUAUGGACCAGGAGAAUGGUAUUUCGAGCGACCCUACUGACGGGGUUGCGCCACUGCAGCCAACAGCUUACGCAGGAGCGCUUGUGCAGCAGAUUAAGGCACAAAUCAUCCCUGGGGAUAAGCCUUUGAACAAAAAUCAACGGAAGAAGGCACGCAAGAAGGUGUCUAAGCUGUUGCAUAAGACGUUGGGAGUGCCACGCGCCGGGGCUGCUGCCAACGGGGAUGCAUCCGCCGACGGCAGCGAUUUGCCAUCUCUGAGCGGAGACACCGGCUGCAGCAAUCGACGAACACCCGGUGUUGGAGAUGGAAGCGCUCCAGCGUGUACAAGCGUCCCACAGCACAGCAAGCCACAGCCGCACAUAGCUGGCACCGACAAAGGUGCAGCCAGCGGUGAUGGCUCCGGCGGCCCUGCUGCUGCCGCCGCUUUUGCAGUGCCUUCACCCAAACGCCGGCGGCUGAACGCGGAAGCAGGCCUACCAGGAACAGCAGCAGCCGCAUUGCCCCCCACAGCAAGCCCGAAUGGGGCAGCCAAGACACGAAAUCCCAGCAUCAACAGAGCUGGAGCAGCGGCACCAGCAAGGCCCGCUGGCGGCAGCCACAACUCUCGUGAGGGGCCCCUGGCGGCGGCAGCAGCCGCUGCCUCCUUGUCAGGCGGCAGCAGCCACCUGAGCCGUGGCGCGCAGAAGCGUCUCAGCCGCCGCCAAGCGCAGCCUGAGGACCUGCUGGCAGCGGACGGCCUGGAGGACGACAUGGAGGGUGCCGGCGACCGCACCGUCAGCGGCAGCGGGGUGCUGCGGGGUAGCAGCGCCGAUGGGGGCAUGGGUGGCGACCCGGGCAGCAGGCGCAGGAGCAAGAAGCAGGAGUGGAAGCAGCGGCAACGGCAGCGGCAUGAGGAGGGAGCAGGCCGCAAGCGGGCGGGCAGUCUAGUUGCGUGCGCGAGUGAGGAGGUGGUGCAGAUGCCUCCGCCGGCUGGUACGGCAGCGUCAGCCACCGCCGCCGCUGCUGCUGCUGCCAUGGUGUCUGCUGGCGCCAUGCACCGGGGUUACUGCAUGUACGGUAGUAUGAUUGCGACUCGGGUGAAUGCGCCUCCAAUGGCGGCGGGUGCGGGAGCAGGAGCGGUGCCGCCGGCGCCACGGCAGUUAGGUGGCAUGGGCCGGGGUCCCGGCGGCGUGGGGGGCCCGGGGGCCGGGGACCUAUCUGCGGCCCUGCUGCUGAUGCGCGUGCGAGCUACAGCCGGACUGGACGAAGGGGCAGGGGCGGCUGUUGCGUUCAGCAGCGCCACCGCAGCAGCAGCAGCAGCGGGGCCGACUGGUAGCGUGUUGGUGUCCGAGUGUCAGACGUGGACCGUCACGACCACUCAGGGAGACGGCUCAGCUGACGGCGAGCAGCACGGUACGAGCAGUGGCGAGGGUGGUGACGUGGGGCUAACGAAGCAGGAAGCGGCAGCAGCUGUGGGGCCGGAUGGCUCCACACCAAGAGGUGGGGAUAAGCAGCAGCAGCGGAAAGGGACCUCAGGUCACCAGCAGCAACACGAACAGCGGCAACACCAGCAGGGGAGGAAGGCGGCACAGCAGGCUCCGGAGCGGGCGUCGCUGUACCGUUACGGCAAUUACCACCGCUACUACGGCUACCGACUGGGGGCCGAGCUUGACCAGGACCCACGGGUCAAGCUCAUGCGCCGUGAAUGGUUCCAAGGCCGGGUGUGCGUUGACGUGGGUUGCAACGAGGGUCUGGUGACGCUGGCAGUGGCGGUGAGGUUCGGCGCCAAGCGCAUGACGGGGUACGACAUAGACGACACACUCAUCAAGAAGGCGUGCAGGAACCUGCGAAUCAUGCGGUCCGAGUACACCACGCGGCUGCAAGCCCUCACGCUGGGCGGCGGAGGCGGAGGCUGGAGCUACGGCGGCGGUGGUGGCGGCGGCGAGCUGGGUGAGGCAGGGGGCCUGGUCAUGGCUGUCACCGCCGCCGCUGCCGCGGCUUACGUCGCAGCAACCGAUGGCGACCUGGCGGCUAACGACGACGAUGACGACGAUGCCGGUGCUGGGGGUACUGGCGGUGACGUUGACGGCGGAGGCGGCGAGGCCGCGAGUGAGGGCGAGGGAGCCGGUGAGGGCAGUAAGGUAUUAAAUGAAGAUGGCGAAGACGAGGGGGCCCAUGAGGCUGAUGGACCCGCUGGGGGCGGUGGUGAAGCUGCUGCUGGAACCGCUGCCGGCGGCGGCGACGUUGACAUGGCGACCCACAUGGAGCCGGCUGACAUCGCUGCCGCCGCUGCUGCAGCUGCUGACCAGCAGGCGGCGGCGCUCGCGCCCUCCGCUGCGCCCCAGCAUCAGUCGCAGCCAGGGUCCCGACCUCAGCUGCAAUCCUGCUCACAUCCUCGUGGCCCCAGCCUGGCGGCGGGUCCUGCGCCGCAGCGGGUGGGGCUGCUGCGUGCCUCGGUGCGCUCGCUGGCGGGGACGCAGUUCACGCAGCAGGACUGGGGCAACGCGCGCGGCAGGCCCGAGAGCGCGGACACCAUCAUGUGCCUCAGCGUCACCAAGUGGGUGCACCUGAACAACGGGGACGCAGGGCUCAAGCGCAUGUUCAAGAAGUUCUACGACACGCUCACGCCGGGCGGGCUGCUGGUGCUGGAGCCGCAACCCUGGAAGUCCUACAAGCGCGCCGUACACAAGACGACCACCAAUGCCGUACCCUUUAAGCGUAUAGAGCAGCUGCAGCUGCGGCCCGAGCACUUUACCGACUACCUGACCAGCCAGUGAGCGCACUCGGAGGGGGCGGAG